AUGGCAAGCAAUCUGGACUCGGUGCUGAAGAAGAAUGCUAAUGAUCUAGCGAAGGAGCUGGAGGUAGAGAGGAUAUUGAAGGCGUUCAAACUGAAUCCAUAUGACAUACUUGAUUUACCUAUAACUGCGACUGAAACAGAGGUGAAAAAACAAUAUCGUAAGAAAUCUUUACUGAUCCAUCCGGAUAAGUUCAAACAUGAAAAGGGUCUGGAGGCAUUUGAUUUUUUGAAAAAGGCUGAAGACCAGCUUUCUGACUCUGCUAAAAGAAAAGAAAUUGACAUGAUUAUGACUCACGCGAGAACACAAGUACUAAAAGCUAUACUUGGAACUGGGUACUCCACCAGCAUACCUGAUGACGAUCCAAGACUUCAUAAUCUAACUCCUCCUUUAGAUCAGCAAGUUCGAGCUAAAGGCCGAGAAAUCUUGGUUGAAGAUGAAUUGGCGCGAAGACGUAAAACCAAACUCACUUAUGCAAAUGAAGGUGCCGAAAAAGCAAAACAAGAAGCUGAAGUUGCAGCUAGAAAAAGAAAGGUGGAGGACCAAGCUAAAUGGGAAGAACGAAGGGAAGACCGCAUAUCAGAUUGGAGAAGUUUCAGUAACAAAAAGUCGAAGAAGAACAAGAAAAAUGAACAUGUUUUAGGAUAG